AAAUAAACCGGUUUGUGUGGCAGCAAACUGUCCUAGAAGGAGACUUGGGUGAGAUUUAGGCUGGUAGCGUGUCCCCCAACCGCACUGUCACCCCGCCAAACAGCCCCCCAGGGGCUGUGUACUGAUUGAAACUCCAUGUGUGGACUGUGCUGCGCUUACCUCCAAACACAGAGGUGCUUCAUUAAACUGAUGCGUUUAAUGAUCAAUGUGCCCCCCACCCCCCGCCCCCUGCUCCUCGUCUUCUCCCUCUCCCGUCUUCCUUUCCAGCAAAUUGGCCGCGGAGCCCCAGCGGAGCAGCAGGCAUGGACUCCAACUCCACGGGCAGCUUCUUCAACCUGGCCCAGUCCUUCAGCGUCUCCGACGUCAUCGUCAUCGGCGCCUACUUUCUGCUCAACGUGGCCGUGGGCAUCUGGUCGUCUUGCAGAGUCAGCAGGAACACUCUCAACGGAUACUUCUUGGCAGGACGGGACAUGGCCUGGUGGCCGAUCGGGGCCUCCCUUUUCGCCAGCAGCGAGGGAUCGGGACUUUUCAUCGGACUCGCCGGCACAGGGGCGGCCGGAGGCAUCGCGGUGGCCGGUUUCGAGUGGAAUGCGACCUAUGUCUUACUUGCCCUGGCAUGGGUCUUCGUCCCCGUAUACGUCACCUCUGGGAUCGUCACCAUGCCGGAAUACCUGGGCAGACGCUUCGGCGGACAGCGAAUACGCAUGUACCUGUCCGCCCUGUCACUGAUGCUGUCCGUGUUCACCAAAAUAUCGACAGACCUGUACUCCGGAGCCCUGUUUAUCCAGGUGUGUCUGGGCUGGAAUAUCUACUUGUCUACAGUCCUCAUGCUGGUGGUGACCGCACUCUACACCAUAGCAGGAGGCCUGGCUGCCGUCAUCUACACAGAUACCUUACAGACCUUCAUCAUGAUCAUCGGGGCGAUCAUCCUCACCAUCACGGCUUUUAACAAGAUUGGUGGCUACAACAACCUGGAGGGCAUCUACCUGAAGGCCAUCCCUUCUAAGAUCAUCCCCAACACAACCUGCCACCUGCCCCGAGCCGAUGCUAUGCACUUGUUUCGAGAUCCUGUAGCUGGUGACCUACCCUGGCCUGGCAUGACCUUGGGCCUAACGAUUCUCGCCACGUGGUAUUGGUGCACGGACCAGGUAAUUGUCCAGAGAUCCUUGUCUGCCAAGAACCUCAGUCAUGCUAAGGGAGCCUCCAUCCUGGCCAGCUAUCUGAAAAUGCUGCCAAUGAUCUUUAUCAUCCUUCCUGGAAUGAUCAGCAGAGCACUCUACCCAGACUCGGUCGGUUGCGUGGAUCCGGAGGUGUGUAAGAUGGUGUGCGGGGCAGAGGUGGGCUGCUCCAACAUCGCCUUCCCCAAGCUGGUCAUUGAGCUGAUGCCCAGCGGCCUGCGGGGGCUGAUGAUCGCGGUGAUGAUGGCUGCCCUCAUGUCCUCCCUCACCUCCAUUUUCAACAGCAGCAGUACGCUGUUCACCAUAGACAUCUGGAGGAAAUAUCGGCGUAGGGCCAGUGAGAAGGAGCUUCUGUUGGUGGGCAGGAUCGUAACCGUGAUCCUGGUGAUCAUCAGCGUGGUUUGGAUCCCCAUCCUGCAGAGCGCCAACAGCGGCCAGCUCUACGUUUACAUCCAGUCCGUCACCAGCUACCUGGCCCCGCCCGUCACCUCCAUCUUCGUCCUGGCAGUAUUCUGGAGGAGGACCAAUGAGAUGGGAGCUUUCUGGGGCUUGAUGGUGGGUCUGGUGGUCGGUUUGACGCGGAUGAUCAUAGAGUUCACGUACCCACCUCCUCGCUGCGGCGUGUACGACCCGCGGCCCUCUGUGCUGCGCGACGUCCACUACCUCCAUUUUGCCAUCAUCCUCUGCCUGCUGACUGCCGUGGUGGUGGUGGUCAUCACCCUUCUCACCGACCCCCCUACGGAGGAGCAGGUUAAAAACCUAACGUGGUGGACCCUGAACCCGGACAAGCUGGACCCCGAAAUCCCUCUUCAGAAAGUUUCCACCCUGCAAGAUUGCACAGACCAGCGGACAGACAAUGACGGCGCUCCUGAGCAUCACGGCAAGUGUUCCCGAGGCGCUGGCUUCUGUAGCCCGCGGGAAAAUCGGCCGACGACGCCCCCACUGUGCUCCAUAGCAACCACCAGAGAGACGCCCUUCUGGUCACGUUUCUGCUGCGCCAACGCCAUCCUCCUCAUGUGCGUGAACAUCUUCCUCUACGCCUACUUUGCGUGACCCCGGGAUUGUCGCAGUACCUCCACCGUUACCUGAUGGACCUUCAAGUACUUGUGAAUACCCGAUUCUGUAAAAUAUUUAUUAAAAGUAAUGAAAGUACUGUUUUCUACAGAAUAUGUAUUACGGCUCGAGCCAAAAAAUGAUGGGUGAGAUCAGCGACUUUAGUAAAUUUCCUUCGAUGCCAUAGUUUUGUCUCUUUUCUAUAGUUGAAGAAAGACUUCUACUCAAAUUUAAAAUUGAUUAAUAACUUCUGGCAAGUUUAUAAAGCGUGAUGUUUUGUGGGUUAAAUAAAUCUGCAAUGAAUUAACAUACCCUUCAUUAUUUUUUAUUUGUGACACAGGAUUGUAUAUACAUAAACAUAUUUUGCAACCAAUAAAACAUU